AAAAUCAUGACGUCAUUAGCGUCGGCCAUUUUGGUGGUGCAAAUAUGGCGUCUAAUGUAAGCUCACGAGGCAAUCCUAUAGAGUUUUCGGAAUAUUACGAUUCUAUGGUUGAACCUGUCAAGGAUAGAUACAGGGAAAAAGUGCAAAACAUCGGAUUUGAUCCCUAUUCUUUAAAAAAUGGUGAUUUCAGCGAAKAUUGUGCAAAAAUUCCUAGCAUCGUAUACCCAGAUAUCGUGAACUACUUGGUUCUCCAAACAUCUUGGGCUACCAAUAAGCAGAUGAGAGCGUACAAAUCAAUGGACGCGUAUAAUUUCUUCGUAUCUGGCUGGGUCGGCACUCUCUUGAUGAAAGAGGUACAUCCAAACAAAACGCUUGUUUUUGCAAGGGUAAAUCAUUCACAAAGAGCGCGAGAAACCCCUUUAAAGACAUGGUUUUUCACCGAAAAUGAUGGCACUGUGAUUACCGCACACUGCAACUGCAUGGCAGGCUUGAGUGAAGCAUGUUCCCACAUUGGUGCCCUUUUGUUUGCCUGCGAAGCUGGUUCAAGAAUUGAGGGACUGAAAACAUGCACUGGAAACAAAAACAAAUGGUUAAUGCCCUCCCAUGUUAAGGAAAUUCCUUACCUACCAGCAUCAGAGAUGGACCUAAGGUCGGCCAAACAAAAACAUAAGAUGCUGUUAGGUGAGGGAAAAACUCCGUCUGUCUCAAGAGAUCUACCAGCAGGUAAUGCCAAUGGUAUUCAAAAUAGAACUACUCUAGAAGAACAAAACAGUUUCUUUGAAAAUAUAUCUUGUUGUGGUACUAGACCAGCAAUAUUAUCUCUUAUGGAACCAUUUAGUGACCUGUAUGUCCCAAAAYAAGUGAAUUUGCCCAAGCCUAUCACAGAGAGGUUUGAUAAAGAACCUGACCUAGAUUUCACUAGGCUUCUUGAAAAGUGUUCCAACAUUGAAUUUCRAAUCACUCAAGAAGAAUGCAAAGCUGUUGAAUCCAACAYGAGGGGGCAAGCCUCAUCAAGUCUUUGGUUCAGACAAAGAGCUGGCCRCAUAACAGCAUCCAAAUUGAAGUCUGUUUAUUGUUCCAGAGCUACAAAGCCUCCAGCAAGCUUGGUAAAGAGCAUUUGCUACCCAGAGGCUCACAAAUUCAGCAAUGUUGCCACUAACUGGGKAAAAACAAAGGAGGCAGUUGCACGCAGUGCUURCCAGAAUGAAAUGGAAAUUGUGCAUGACAAUUUCACAGUGUCAGAUAGUGGACUCCACAUAAAUCCAGAAUGGCCCUUCCUUGGAGCAUCACCUGAUGGCUUGGUAUGYUGUGACUGUUGUGGGUCGGGUGCUUGUGAAAUUAAGUGUCCCUACAAAGAUAUUGAUUUGGAACCAUGGGAAGCAGCAGAAGAGAAAGGAUUUUGCUUAAAAAGGGAUGGCAAUAAAAUUUUAUUGGAUAAAUCACAUGGUUAUUACUAUCAAGUACAGGCACAACUUUUCAUUUGUGAUAUUGAGUACUGUGACUUUGUUGUUUGGACACCAAGAGGAAUAUAUAUUGAGAGAAUCCUUCCUGACUUAGAACUUUGGAGAGGAGUUUUAAUCAAAUCARAAGAUUUUUUCUACAAAGCUAUCCUCCCAGAGGUAAUAGGACAGUGGUUCACAAGAUCUUCCUUGCCAUUUGUUGAACAACCAGUAGCCUCAGAUGAUGAUGAUGCUUAUUGGUGUCUAUGUCAGCAGCAUAUUGAAGGAAGCACCCUUGUUCGUUGUGAAAACACAGAUUGCAAAAUCAAGUGGUAUCACUUAAAAUGUUUAAGGAUGAGUAAGGAGCCAGAGGRAUACUGGUUGUGUCCUGAUUGUAACAAGUCACAGAAAUAGUGUGUGAUAGCUAGGGUAAAUAACAUGGCUGUGUUACAAUAUGCAACUUAAAAUCUCAAUAUUCACCUUAUGGCCAUGUUAUUUACCAUUUCUUUAAAAAGGAGUCUUUUUCGUUUUCUUAAUUUCAAAGAUGGCAUUUCUUAAAAAAUCUUAGCAAUGCAACAGUGAAGCACAUAAGGGCUAUAAUUCAUUUUAUUAUUCAAUCAUCUACUGUCAUAUAAAUUUAUAUACUAAUAUUGACAAUAUACAACCUUUUAUAUAAAAUGCAAUGCAACAUGGGUUUAUUUUUGAUGCAAAAAAUCAGCAAUUACUUAUCAGC